AAGUUUAUUGUUGAGGAAUGCUGCAGGCGUUCGAGAGGACAGGAGAGAAACAGCCAGUGGUCUCGCCACUCAGACAGAGAGUCUAGUAUGUCACAAACUUUGUUAUCUCCUUCUCCCUCCCUCCUUUAUCAUGGUCCUGCAGUCCCGCCUUUCGCUGCCCUAAUAUGGGGGCAUCUCUCUUCCCUUUCGGGCCAAUCAGGCAGCUGUAUGCAUCCCUCCUGGAGAUGCCAUGGACUCGGGACAGGAGCAAGGCUUCAGUGAGGGGACCAACAGGCUGGCUGGUGAAAAGGGGCAAAGGGGGGGGGGGGAACAUUAAAAACAAAAUACCAAGAAGAACAAGCAAAGCGGAGAAGCUGAGGACAGACAGGAAGCAGAUGUGUGGGAGAGGAAGUCUGAAGGAAGAGAAGAAGAGAGAGCGACAGGCUGAGAUUUAAGGCUCCGCAAGUGGAGGUCUGUCACCUUUUGAAGCGCAGCAGGAGGCACGCUGAGCUCUGAGAAUUAAGACUCUGACAGAGACCAAGAGGACAGCCAUGUUUUCACCCAGACCAGAGAUGAAGCCGUGAAAGACAAGAGGCGGUCGCCCCCCUCUAACAGAUCCCCCACCGCCCAACAACGCAACCCGCACCACAGCGGCUCUGCAGACGAACAGGAGAGCCCCGAGAGAGUGGUGCAGAAGGAGAAGCUUCAUGCAGAGCUGAAACAAGUGUUGAGUAAGAAGAGAAGUCAUCUGAGAGAGUCCACCUGCCAACUGGCCCAGGCCGAGAUGGACUCAGAGCCCACAGACCAAAAGACAUGUGUGGAGGAAGCCACUCAAUCCGUGGAAAUUGUGGUGGAGACGGAGGCGGAGGCCGGAGCCAGCGGCUACAGUGUGACUGGUGGAGGACAGCGAGGCAUCUUUGUGAAAGACGUCCUCAGAGACUCACCAGCCGCCAAGCAUCUGAGUCUACAGGAAGGGGACCAGCUGCUGAGUGCCAAGGUCUACUUUGAAAACGUGAAGUAUGAAGAUGCUCUGAAAAUCCUUCAAUGUGCGGAGCCCUAUAAGGUCAGCUUCCAGCUGAGGAGGACCGUCCCUGAAGCAGAGGUCUACGUGGCGCCUCAAGUUCCUAGUGUGGAGAUCAAAGGUCCCAAAGCCAAGAUGGACAAAAUGAGUCUGAAGGGCAGCAAGCCAUUCAAGGCCAAGAAGAUGAGAGGUGGUCGUUUUGGUCUGAAGAGACUGAAGGAGAACCGCAGAGAGGAGCUGGUGGUAGAGGGAACGCCCUCCAGGCUGGAGAUGAGUGACGUAGAUGUGGAGUUUUUUCUGCCCAAAUUCAAACAAAGGAAGAACGCGAAGGUUGAAGGAGAAGGAGCAGUAGCGCUAGGAAGAGCAGCCGACUUGGGGAAGGCAAAGAGGAGGAUCAGGUUUCCCCAUAUUAAAACAAAGGGAUACAAAGGAGAAGACACAGGAGGAAUAGUGGACACAGGACGACACAAGGGGGGGGUGAAUAUCUCUCCACCUGAGACAACUGGAGCUAAAUUGAAAACCAAAGGAAAAGGACACGGAUUUGGAAUCACGUUUCCAAAGAACAAACACACAAAGCAAGGCUCUGGGUUGGAAACUGGAUCAGUAGAGCUGAACCCUCCAGGUUUGAACACCCAGCUACCAUCAGUGGAGUUCAGUCUGUCUGGUAAUAAAAACCCGGACAUAGAAAAGGGGGGGGUUCAGAUUAAUGUACCUGAUGUGGAGUUUUCACUCCCUGCAGGAAAAUCUGAUGCAUCUGUGCCCUCUGUGAAGGGAAAGGCAGAAAUCAAAGCUCAUAAAAUCAACAUCAGUGGAGGAGCUGAUACAUCUAUGGGAACAAUGGAUGUAGACGCAGGCAAAGGAGAUGCAAAGUUAAGAAUGCCAAAGUUGAAACUGCCCAAAGUUAGACUGUCACGCCAUUCUGAUGAGAUAGAUGGUGACAUCAAGAUAAAAAACAAAGGAAUAAAACUGCCUCAGGCUGACAUAACGCCUCCAAAAGUAACAAUUAAAGGGAGGGGGGAGAUUGAUCUCCCUGAGGCAAAUAUCCCUAAUCUCGAUCCCUCAGAAAAAGCAUCUAUUCAAAUGCCCUGUGUUGAUAUUUCUUUACAAAAAGUGACGAGAAAGUCGGACGUGGAUGUCUCACUCCCAGAGCUUGAAGGAGCUGUGAAAACAGCAAUCAAAACAUCUGUGGACAUCUCUGUGCCAGAUGUUGGUUUGGAAAUGGACACUAGACAGCGAAUUCCUGAUGAGGUGGAGGGGACUUUCAAAGGCCCUAAAAUCUCGCUGCCGAAGGUCGAUAUCUCAUUGCCCCACAUCGGAUCAUCUAAAGUCGAUAUUGAAGGUCCAGAAGGAGGAAGGAAAUUCCAUCUGCCUUCUGUAGACAUCUCUCUUCCAAAGGUGAAACCAGAAGGUGGUGAUGUAGAUAUGGAUUAUUAUGUUGGUGGAGAUGGGAAGUUCAAAAUGCCUGAGUUCGACACAUCUCUUCCGAAGGUUCGGUCACCAGAAGUUGAAGUUAAUAUGAAAAGAGAAGGCUUCAAGUUACCCAAAGUAGACCUGACGCUUCCCAAAGGCAAGACUGAAACACCUGAAUUUGAAGGAGAAAAGUUUCAGUCACCAUCAUUUGACAUUUCCCUCCAUAGAAAGAAGGCAGGAGAGAUGGAAGUUGACAUUGAAGGCCCUGAAGAAAAAGGUGGCAAAUUGGGAAUGCCCACACUUCAGAUGCCAUCUCUUGAUAUAUCACUGCCCAAAAGAAAGAUGGAGGGUGACAUUGAAAUAGAAGGUUCAUCUGUGGGGAAUGGGAAAUUCAAGAUGCCCUCACUCGACAUCAAACUACCUCAGAUGGGGACAUCUGGGCCAAAGGUUGACUUACAACGACAAGAGCUUCAAGGAGGGAAGAUUGAGCUGCCGUCAGUAGAUAUUUCUCUACCAAAAUAUAAAUCUAAGGGUGAGGCUGACUUUGAAGGACAGGGUGGCAAGUAUAAAAUGCCUUCACAUGAUAUAUCUCUUCCAAAAAUGAAGUUGCCUGAGGGAGAGGUUGUUUUGGAGGGACCGGAAAUCAAAGGGGGGAAGAUCAAGGUGCCUAAUGUUGAUAUCUCUGUUCCCAGAGGAAACGCCAAGGCCGAUUUGAACAUUGAUGGCAGUGAAUCAAAAGGAAAUAAAUUUAACAUGCCAUCUUCAGACAUUUCUCUCCCAAAAAUGAAACUACCUCAAGGAGAUGUGAAGCUACAACACCCUGAACUUCCAAAUGUUGACAUUUCACGCCCCAAGGCAAACAUAGAGGGCAACGUAGAGCUGGAAGGCAGUGUUGGUAGCAGUGCCAGGUUCAAGAUGCCAACUCCUGACAUCUCAGUCCUAAAGAUUAAAACCAAUCAGGGAGAGAUGGACAUCGAAAGACCUGAAGUCAAAAGUGGAGCAAAGUUCAACAUACCAUCGGUUGACAUGUUUCUUCCUGCUAUUAAAUCACCACAGGGUGAGGUCAAGAUUAAAGAUCUUGGAGUCAAAGAGGGAAAGUUACAGAUGCCUUCUUGCGAUGUGUCGCAACCAAAAAUCAAAUCAAUUGGGGGUAACAUGAAUAUUGAAGCUGAACUGCCAACAAUUGAGAUCUCUCUUCCUAAAGGAAAAGCAGAGGGUAAGAUGGACAUUGAGGGACCCACAGGAAAAGGAGGGAAGUUUAAGAUGCCUACAUUUGAUGUAUCGCUUCCAAAGAUGAAGAUGCCUGAAGGAAAUAUUGGCCCUGAGGGACCCUCAAUUGAUAUCUCUCUCCCAAAAGCAAAAGUAGAGGGUGAGUUGGAAACUACAGGUAUAGGGGGUCAUUUUCAUAUGCCCUCAAUUGAUCUCUCUCUCCCUAAAAUGAAAUCAAAGCGAGGUGACAUGAACAUUGAGGGACCUGAAAUCAAACGUGUGGAAAUGAAAAUGCCGAGUAUUGACGUCUCAGGUCCUCAAGGGACAUUAGAGGGUGAUAUCAGUUUUGAAGGGAAAGAAGGCAAAUUUAACCUGCCGUCUGUAGACACUGCGCUCCCUGCCAUAAAUUUCCCUGAAGGGGGUGGAAGUUUUCCAGGGCCAAAAGUUAAAGGUCUGAAAUUUGAAAUGCCAAAAGUAGACCUCUCACUUCCCAAAGGAAAAGCACAUGGAAACAUUGAUAUUGACAUUCACUCAGGAAACGAUGGGAAUAUUGAAACACCCUCAUUUGAGAUUGGACUUCCUAAAGGAAAAGGAAUCGUUCCUGAAUUUAAAGGAGAAAAAAUCCACAUGCCAGACAUUGAUCUGUCACUCCCUAAAGGAAAAGCUGACCUCAGUGUUGAGGGUCCUGAGGUAAAGGGUGUCCAAUUGGGUAAGGGGGGCAAGUUUCACAUGCCCUCAGUUGACAUCUCUCUUCCUAAAAUCAAAGUCAAGGGAUUUGAUGUUAAUGUUCAACAACCUGAAGUCAAAGGAAACGUUUCACUCCCUAAAAACAAGUCUCCAGAAGUAGAAAUCAGCCUUCAUGGUCCUGAUCUUAAAGGAGAGAAGUUACAUGUUCAAACUGUUGACAUUUCCCUCCCCAAAGGAGAAGUUUACGGUGACCAUAAUGUUGAGUGUCCUGAGGCUAAGGGGGGUAAAUUUAUAAUACCUAAAUUAGACGUGUCUUUGCCAAAAGUGUGUCUUCCAGAAGGUGAUGUGAAAAUAAAAGGGGCUGACCUUAAGGGAGGAAAAUUCAACACACCAGAAAUUGACCUGUCACUUCUUAAAGGAAAGGCUAACCUCAGUGCUGGAGGUCCGGAAGUAAAAGGAGGAAAAUUCAACAUGCCCAAAUUUGAUGUUUCACUUCCAAAAAUGAACCUGCCAGAGGGCAAUGCUGAAAUGCCAACUAUUGAUAUUUCACUCCCAAAAGGAAAAGUAAGGGGAGACAUUGACUUUGAGGGACAGGGGGGUGAAGGAGACAAGUUUCACAUUCCCUCGGUUGAUAUCUCUCUUCCUAAAAUGAAAGCCAAAGGAAUUGACGUUGAUAUUGAAGGACCUGAACUUAAAGGUGACGCAUCAUUCCCUGAAGGAAACGUUGCAGGUUACCUCGAUGUCGAGGGGCUUGAGUUUAAGGGGGGUGAAUAUAAAAUGCCAAAAGUUGAUGUAUCAUUGCCUGAAGUGAGUCUCUCACAGGGAGAUGUCAAACUUAAAAGCCCAGACAUUAAGGGAGGGAAGAUUGAGAUGCCAGACAUUGAUAUUUCACUCCCCAAAGGAAAACCAGUAGGGAAAAUAGACAUUGAAGGACAUGCUGGAAAAAGGAGAAAGUUCCAUAUGCCCUCUGUUGAUAUAUUAUUUCCUAAAAUGAAAGCUAAGGGUCUAGACAUAAAUAUUGAAGGCCCUGGUGUUAAAGGUGGAAAACUAAACAAGCCAACACUUGAUGUUUCUCUUCCCAAAAUGAAAUCUCCCAAUAUAGACAUCAGCCUUGAGGGUCCUGAUUUCAAAGGGGGAAAGGACAUCCCAAUCAUUGACAUUUCACUUCCUAAAGCAAAAGUUGAGAAAGAAAGAAAUGUUGAUGACCCUGAGUUGAGAGAAGGGAAAUUCAAAAUACCAAAAUGUUCUUUACCGAAAGUGAGUCUCCCAAACAUUGAUGCUAGAGUGGAAAGACCGGAUAUGAAAGGAAAAAUUGAAAUGUCAAAUAUUGAAAUGUCACUUCCAAAAGGAAAUUCAGAUGUGAAUAUCAAUAUUGACGGCCACAGUGGUAAAGCAGGCAAGUUUCACAUGCCCUCAAUGGAUAUCUCAAUUCCCAAAAUCAAAACAAAAGUAAUUGAUGUUGAUAUUCAAGUGCCCGAUGUCAAAGGUGACAUUGCACUCCCUAAUAUUAAGUCUCUAAGUCCUGAAGGUCCUGAUGUUAAAUGUGGAACGUUUAACUUGCCAACUUUUGAUAUGUCACUCCCCAAAGGACAAGUUGAAGGUGACAUUGAUGUUGAGUGUCCUGGGUUGAAGGGGGGUCAAUUUAAAAUGCCCGAAAUUGAUGUGUCUUUACCAAAUGUGAGUUUCCCAGAAGUAGAUGUCACAACAAAAUGCCUAGAUAUCAAGGGAGGAAAAAUCUACAAACCGGACAUUGACCUGUCACUCCACAAAGGAAAGGCUGACCUCAGUAUUGAGGGUUCUAAAGUAAAAGGAGGAAAAUUCGACAUGGCCAAAUUCAACAUUUCACCUCCAAAGAUGAAUCUGCCUGAGGGCCAUGUGGAAAUACCAACAGUUGAUAUUUCAGUCCCAAAAGGAAAAGUAAAGGAAAAUAUUGACAUUGAAGGCCAUGCUGGAAAGGGGGGAAAGUUCCAUAUGCCAUCUGUUGAUAUCUCUCUUCCAAAAAUAAAAGCAAAAGGACUUGAUAUAUAUACCAAAUAUCAACCAAAGGGAGGAAAAAUCAACAUGCCAGACAUUGAUCUCUCACUCCCCAAAGAGGUAAAAGGAGGUGAAUUCAAAAUACCAAAGUUUGAUAAUUCACUUCCAAAGAUAAACCUGCCAGAAGGCAACAUCAAAGUGGAGGGACCACAGAUAAAGGGAGGAGAGAUUGCAUUGCCAAAUCUUGACAUUUCAAUGCCAGUGGGAAAAGUGGAUGAACAUAUCAACAUUGAAGGGCCAUCUGGAAAGGGAAAGUUUGAAAUGCCAAAAGUGGACCUAUCUGGUACAAAAGGUGGUGGGAUCCAAAUGCCAAGUCUUGACAUUAAUCUCCCCAAAUUCAACAUUGACCUUAGCCUUUCUUCUGGGAUGAAAGACAAAAGUCUUAAAGUGGACACAAGAGGGCCUGAAGCAUCAGAAGGUGCAGGCAUUGAGACAGGUGAUGUUGAUGGGGCAAGUGCCUCCCUCAAACUUCCUACUGUCAAACUACCGACAGUGGACAUCUCAGCUCCAGUGGAUCUAGAAUUUGGUCUCACAAAACCUAAGUCUGACGAUGUGAAAGUGGAGCUUCUUAAAGCAGAGGGAGGCAGGCCUUCUUCUGGGGUCAGUUUUGAUAUACCUGAUGUCUCUCUUAAAGUCCCCAGUUUCUCUCUUCCCAGGUUUGGUGGAAAGUCUAAAAGUGGAGAUUUGAAAAUAACUGGACCUAAGGAGGUUUUCCUCAACCAGCCACAUGUGGAAGGAGAUAUCAGGGCGCCAUCAGUAGAGUUUGAUGGGAACGUAAAAGUGAAAAAGACUCAAAUCAAAAUGCCUUCAUUUGGUGUAUCUAAAAAGCAUGCAGAUAUAUCUGCAUCUUGUCCUGAUAUGGAUGCCAAUGUGAAAAAGGGUGAAUUUGGCAUUUCUAAACCGGAAAUCAGUGUUGAGUGCGCACACAAAAAAUCUAAAUACAAAGUGAAAUUCCCCAAGUUUAAAAUAUCACCACCAAAAGGUCAACACAUGGAGGGACAGGUAGAUUCUAAACUGGAGUCAGAAGGUAAGGGUGGCUUUCAUGUCCCAGAUGUCUCCAUGAAACUACCAAAGGUCUCCAUGCCAGGGUUUGGCUCAAAAGAAAAGAAUGUAGGAAAGCCAAGUGGUUACCUUGAGUCCAAAACUGAGAUUAAGAUACCAUCUAUUGAGCUGUCCCUGCCAGCAACAAGACAAAUAGAGACUGAAGUUCUUCUCCCCAAAGCGGAGGUUGAUGUCUCAGAGGCUGAUAUUACUAGUUAUGAGGGAAAUCUAACAAUUCCCAAAAUGCCAUCUAUUGACGUUUCCAUUCCAAAAAUAGACCUGGAUGUGUCAUUGCCAAGGGUUAAGCAUCAGAAAAAGGUUGAUGGAGUAGGAGGCACUUUCAAGAUGCCAGAUAUCAAGAUGCCUGAUCUUGACUUGUCCCUUCCUAAAGGAAAAUCAGCAAACAUUGAAGGUCACGUAUCACGGCCCAAAGGAGAUUUCAAAAGUCCAGAUGUGGGAGAUACAGAGAAACUAUUUGAAAUGCCUGACAUGAUGCCAGGUGUUGACAUAUCUCUGCCAAGAAGAAAGACAGAGGGCAGAGAGAUAGAGGUCAAAGGAGAAGGUGGAAAAUUUAGGAUGCCGCAUCUCAACAUGCCCACUGUUGAUAUUUCACUUCCCAAAGGAAAGAUUGGAGGUCCAGAUGUUGAAAUUGAAGGAGGUACUGGAGGGAUAUUCAAAAUACCUUACAUGAAAAUGCCCAACAUUGAUAUAUCUCUACCGAAAGGAAAGGUCAAUAGUCCAGAUUUUGAGAUGGAGGAAGGUACCGGAGGUAAGUUGAAAAUGCCUCACAUGAAAAUGCCCAACAUUGAUAUAUCUCUACCGAAAGGAAAGGUCGAUAGUCCAGAUUUUGAGAUGGAGGAAGGUACCGGAGGUAAAUUGAAAAUGCCUCACAUGAAAAUGCCCAACAUUGAUAUAUCUCUACCGAAAGGAAAGGUCGAUAGUCCAGAUUUUGAGAUGGAGGAAGGUACCGGAGGUAAGUUGAAAAUGCCUCACAUGAAAAUGCCCAACAUUGAUAUAUCUCUACCGAAAGGAAAGGUCGAUAGUCCAGAUUUUGAGAUGGAGGAAGGUACCGGAGGUAAAUUGAAAAUGCCUCACAUGAAAAUGCCCAACAUUGAUAUAUCUCUACCGAAAGGAAAGGUCGAUAGUCCAGAUUUUGAGAUGGAGGAAGGUACCGGAGGUAAAUUGAAAAUGCCUCACAUGAAAAUGCCCAACAUUGAUAUAUCUCUACCGAAAGGAAAGGUCAAUAGUCCAGAUUUUGAGAUGGAGGAAGGUACCGGAGGUAAAUUGAAAAUGCCUCACAUGAAAAUGCCCAACAUUGAUAUAUCUCUACCGAAAGGAAAGGUCAAUAGUCCAGAUUUUGAGAUGGAGGAAGGUACCGGAGGUAAAUUGAAAAUGCCUCACAUGAAAAUGCCCAACAUCGAUAUUUCUCUGCCAAAAGGGAAGAUUGAAGGCCCAGAUGUAGAAAUGGAGGGAGGUACCGGAAGGGAAUUCAAAAUGCCUCGUAUGAAAAUGCCCAACAUCGAUAUAUCUCUGCCCAAAGGGAAGAUUCAAGGUCCAGAUGUAGAAAUGGAAGGAGGUACCGGAGGGGAAUUCAAAAUGCCUCACAUGAAAAUGCCCAACAUCGAUAUUUCUCUGCCCAAAGGGAAGAUUGAAGGUCCAGAUGUAGAAAUGCAGGGAGGUACCGGAAGGGAAUUCAAAAUGCCUCGUAUGAAAAUGCCCAACAUCGAUAUUUCUCUGCCCAAAGGGAAGAUUGAAGGUCCAGAUGUAGAAAUGGAGGGAGGUACCGGAGGGGAAUUCAAAAUGCCUCGUAUGAAAAUGCCCAACAUCGAUAUUUCUCUGCCAAAAGGGAAGAUUCAAGGUCCAGAUGUAGAAAUGAAGGGAGGUACCGGAGGGGAAUUCAAAAUGCCUCGGAUGAAAAUGCCCAACAUCGAUAUUUCUCUGCCCAAAGGGAAGAUUGAAGGUCCAGAUGUAGAAAUGGAAGGAGGUACCGGAGGGGAAUUCAAAAUGCCUCGUAUGAAAAUGCCCAACAUUGAUAUUUCUCUGCCAAAAGGGAAGAUUGAAGGUCCAGAUGUAGAAAUGGAGAGAGGUACCGGAGGGGAAUUCAAAAUGCCUCGUAUGAAAAUGCCCAACAUUGAUAUUUCUCUGCCCAAAGGGAAGAUUCAAGGUCCAGAUGUAGAAAUGGAGGGAGGUACCAAAAAUUUCAAAAUGCCAGAUGUUGACAUGAAGCUACCAAGAGGAAAACUUGAAGGUCCAGGAAUAGAAAUCAAAGGAGAAGGUGGAAAAUUUAAGAUGCCACAUCUCAACAUGCCUUCUGUUGAUAUUUCACUUCCCAAAGGAAAGAUUGAAGGUCCCAGUGUAGAAAUGGAGGGAGGUGCCGGAAGGAAAUUUAAAAUGCCUCAUAUGAAAAAAACAAAUGUGGACAUCAACCUGCCAGGAGGAAAGACUGAGGGUCCACAGAUGGAGAUUGAGGGAGGAGGUGGAAAAUUCAAGAUGCCAAAUAUUAACAUGCCUUCUUUUGAUAUUUCGCUUCCCAAAGGAAAGAUUGAAGGUCCAGAUGUUGAAAUAGAGGGAGGGGGGACAUUAAAAAUGCCUCACAUGAAAAUGCCCAACGUUGAUAUCUCUCUCCCCAAAGGAAAGAUUGAAGGCCCAGAUGUUGAAAUGGAGGGAGGUGCCACAAGAAAAAUUAAAAUGCCAGAUGUUGACAUGGAGCUACCAAAAGGAAAGGUUGAGGGUCCAGCAAUAGAAAUCAAAGGAGAAGGUGGAAAAUUCAACAUGCCACAUUUCAACAUCCCUUCUGUUGAUAUUUCCCUUUCCAAAGGAAAGAUUGAAGGUCCCAGUGUAGAAAUGGAGGGAGGUGCCGGAAGGAAAAUUAAAAUGCCUCAUAUGAAAAUACCAAAUGUGGAAAUCAACCUGCCAAGAGGAAAGACUGAGGGUCCACAGAUGGAAAUUGAAGGAGAAGGUGGAAAAUUCAAGAUGCCAAAUCUUAACAUGCCUUCUUUUGAUAUUUCUCUCCCCAAAGGAAAGAUUGAAGGCCCAGAUGUUGAAAUGGAGGGAGGUAACAGUGGAAAAUUUGAAACGUCCCAUAUGAAAAUACCAGAUGUUGACAUUUCUUUGCCCAAAGGAAAGAUUGAUGGUCCAGAUGUCGAAAUGAAGGGAGGUAAUGGGGGAAAGUUCAAAAUGCCUCAUUGGAAAAUGCCAGAUUUUGACAUCUCUCUGCCUAAAGGAAAACUUGGGAGUCCAGACCUUGAAAUUGAGGGAGGUGUAUCUAAAAUGCCACAGAUGACAACACCCUCAGUCGAGCUUUCACUGCCAAAAGGAAAACCUGAAGUUCCCAAAAUCGAACUGAAGGUUGACGGUGGAAAGUUCAAGAUGCCAAAAUUGGACAUAUCUCUUUCUAAAGGAAAAACCUCAAUCAAAGGUCCCGAGGUUGAGACUAAGGCAGAUGGGGGACAGUUCAAAGGUCCACAUGUUAAACUUCCUAAGGGAAGUAUAUCAGCAGAGAUAAAUAUACCAACCAUUGAGGCAGGAGAGACAAUAAAAGGGCCACAAGUCACAUUGCCAAAUUUGGACAUCGAUUUGACACAAAGUAUUCCUAAACAAGACACAGAGGCACAUGGGGAAGCUCUUCUGCAUGUUGAGGGAGAGUGCAAAGGUCCAAAAAUUAAAUUGCCAACAAAAUGUAUCAAAGGCCCAAAAGGAGACAUGGAGCUUGAUAUGGGACUUCAUAGAGGAGAGGGCAAAAGGGACAGGAAAAAAGUUGAACUACCUGACUUGGAUCUCAACACAGCGGGAACCAGCAGCAAAGUAAAGGGGCCAAAAGUCAAAGGAACCAAAUUCAGGAUUGGGAUGCCAAAGAAGAAAACUGGCAGAGAGGUAACAGGAGAAGCAACAAUUUGCAAAAACUGUGGCAAAGAGGAGUUAGGUGGUCAGCUCAAACACAAAUGCACGGAUAAAGAAAGGUUUGAGUACAAAGUUGAUGUUGAAUCCCACAAUGGACAUGAAGAGAAUAAAGAUCGUAUUAACAUACCACAGACGAAGGUUACAUUACAAAGCGUUAGUUUGACAGCGAAACAAGCGUCAGCUGAUUUAGGGACAGAAGGAGAUUGUGGUCCCUUGUCAUCCGAAGCACAAAUCAAAGUCCCCAGGAUUCCAGACAUAGAGUUUGAUAUCAGUACAUCACAAGAUGAAGAUGAGGACCAAAGAGAACAUGGCAAGAAAAUCAAGACCCCUAAAUUACCCUCCAUCUCUUAUCCUGAGGGAAGAAUUAAUAUCCAUGAGCAAGAUAUCCAGUAUGAUUGCCCAAAAAUGCCCAAAGUGAAAAAAGCUGUCUUUGUCUUAUUGAAUCCUUCACAAGCGGAUGGGUCCGCUGCAUCCACAAGGCUCCUGGAAGAGGAUACAACAGUUGAGGCUGAAAAACAGGACGUCAAUGUGAAGAAGCCCAAAAUGAAGCAAAGUAAAGAUAAAGCUGUCGUGUCUUUUUCUCCUUGCAAAUCAGGAUUGUCUGAUGUCAAUCUAAAAGACGAUGGUUCAGGUUCAAGUCCUCACAUGAGCUCUGAGGACAAUAAAGGGAAAUUCAGUGGCAAAAUCAAACUUCCAAAGGUGGAGUUAACCUCUCCGUACGGUAAGACGGCAACAGAAGAGGCGGACUCAGAAAUUAGUUUCAAACUCAAAAAGGAUUUGUCGCCGGGAGAAGUGGAAGAUACAAAGGAGCUUAAAGUAAUAUCAGGCAAGAUGGACUUUGCUGGUUUUAGCAAAGUUCUCUCGAAGGAUGUGGUUUCAUCUCCGGCAAGAACAGAUAUGCUUGACAGGGACAGCUCAGAAUCUCCAACUAGUUCCACCAUGGAGUUUAGCUCAACAAAGGUGAAGAGUUGGAGUGGGGUUGAGAGCCAAAGCUGGGAGUCUGAAGAAAGAGGGUCGUCCCCCUGGUUCAAGGUCCCUAAGUUCACGCUGAAGCCACACUCUACAGGCUUCCUCCAAAUAACCUCAGAGGGUUCACCUCAGGCCCAGCGGAAGGGGAAGGGGGAGGUUGGAGGUGAGGCGGACGUCUUGGGGUCUUUCUGCCUCCACACCUCAGGGCACGAUGUAACCUCCCAGGAAAUGUCAGAAGAGCACAGAGUCUCCUCCGCUGAGGAGGGAACUGUUACCAUGGUCACCAAGACCACCAGAAUCACCCGGCACGUGGUUACAUCCGAAACGCAAGGAGGGGAAUCUUCUGCAACCACGACAACAACUCACCAGGUGUCAGACUUCAAGUUCUGAGGAUGCUGUAAUGAUAUCUUAAAUGUUUUGUGAUUUUCUUGUUUUCUUUGGUAAGGUUGCAGUGUUCUUGUAUGCUCGGCCUGCAACGUGGUAAACCGUGAUGAAGUAAAAGUCUUUCAUUUAUUUUUGAAUUACCCUAACCGUGAAUGUAUUGAAAAAUCAUGAAAUUAGGUCAAUCAGCAAUAUUGUCAUUAAUAAAGCAACAGAGUAAUAUAUGCUUCCUUUUUGCAUUUUAAAUGUGAUAUUAUUUUUUUCUGUUCUUUGAGUUUAGUCCUAAUUAUUCAUCAGACUUUGUUUGGUUUGAAAGUUUGAACUCUGAAUGUAAACAUGUUAUUGUUAUUUGUGUGUUCAAAAUGCAAUCAAAUUAGUCUUUUACUCACAUUAGCAUCAUGGAUUUGACCUUGAUUAAUUCAAGAUAAUACAUUUUGAACCACUACAGUAUAGGCCAGAGUAAAAUGUAUGUAAAUACAACUAUGUUAUGGCUUUUUUGAAGCAGUCACAAUUUGAUCGGCAAUGUAACUAUUUUCAUAUUCCCCAUUCAGGAAAAGAAAUUUCUGAUCCUAUACUGUGUGUCUUGGAAGAAAAGUGUGAGCUUUUUGAGAUUACAGAUUAUUAUUCUUUACUGCCAUAGUUUUAUAUUUUAAGCAUUUAGCUGGUGCUGUUACCCAGAGAUAGUCGCAGUGAGUGGGCAGGACACCCUGGACUCAUUUUCUGCAGAGGGGAUCAAAUUUGUGACCGUCUGGUUACAGUUUGCUCUCCAUCAUUUACUGUAGGCCACCAUGCUGCUAGUCGUUUUGAUAUAAAUGUUUUUACUGUAAACUACUAGAAAAAGGUGUUUUUUCAACUCUGACACUCAAUUUAUGGAUUCAGAGUCACUGUUGAACACUUCAACAAUAGGUGAGAAGAGUUUUUAAAAGUGUAAACAUUUUUCUCUUAAAACAAAUAAACCUUACUGUCAAGCUGU